CCCAUGUAAGCUGAACAGCUUCCUGAUCACCACUCGUCGGGCUCCGGCCCAGGCUGGCUGCGCGUGGCACGGGCGCAUGAGCCACUCUCAGUUGGUGAUCAUGGCGGCACAGCGGCCGCCGUUCCUGCGGACCACGGAUCCAUGUCGAGGUCGAGGAGGUCCUCCAUGGGUGCUUGUGGCUCAGGUAGAGCAAGUGCCGCCGCACCGGGCGGAUGAUCACGGUACAUCAACACAGUCUACAAGGUCUUUAUUAUUCAGUGCGAAGUGGUACAAUAAGAACCUGCCUAAUGAAUCCAUGAAGCGAGACCAAGACCACAUAUGGUUUCUCGAAACAUCCUAUAAAAGGAAACUCGGCCCUAGGGAAGCCUGCAGCAUUGAGUCAGCCUGCCGGAACAAUGGCGACUACACCGUGCAUCUCCUUUCAACUGGAAACAUCAGCUCCUCUGACUGUCCUUACCAACGCGUGCUUUCGAAAUUUCCCAAUUUUAGGUCCGCUGGGCUAAAUGUGAGCUUGGAACUCGCGGGGACUCAACUAGAACCGCUGCAUGCCAUAGGAGGAGCGCUAAAUGAAAGCCCUUACAAAGUAGAACAUCUCAGUGACUUUCUGCGCUACGUCGUACUUUGGAAGAGCGGCGGUGUUUAUUUGGACACGGACGUGAUUGUAAUGAAGUCACUGAAAGGAAUAAGGAAUACCGUCUUCUACUUGUCAAAAAAUGAGAUCCAUGGCGUGGCUAACGGUAUACUAUUCUUCGACAAGCAGCAUCCCGUCAUCGGAGCGCUUAUCGAUAAAUGCGCACGCGUCUACAAUCCUUAUUGGUGGACAACAUGCGGCCCUGCGAUAAUGUCGUUGCUUCCUCUAGACACAGAAUUUUCUCGGCUCGUCAACUUCUCGAAUGAGUCGGCGUUUUUUCCUGUUCCGUGGUACAAGGGGCUGGACUUGUUCCAUCCCGGAAAGGCGUCAGCGGUGCUCAGAGCGGCAAACGCCAGCUUCGGUGUCCACUUCUGGAAUAAUCUCAGCAAGAAUACGCGAGUGGUGCCCGGAUCUGGUUGCGCAAUGGAUGUUCUUGCUCGUGACCACUGCCCUGAAGCCUACAGAGUAGCCUCCUCCGAGGGAUACUUUUGAAUUCGUCAUGACCAGCAAUGCCAGCCUACUGAGCAUGUCAUACUAAUGAUUUUGUUGCUAUAAUGUGCCGCCACUAAUGCGCUAGCCUUGUCGCAAAAGACUAUGGCCCAAGACGAAUCCUGCUGACUCGACGUGUGCAGUUAUUGAGGCAAAACCUGAGUGUUUAAAGUGCCUAUUUAUUCAGUGAAUAAUAAACUUUGCCUUUCGCGUUCACAAGAUGCCCCUUUAAUAGUCCACCUCUCGAACUGCUCCACUGCUACUUGUAUAAUCGUUCCAUAGUUGUCUGUAUAAAUGAUCAUUACUCCACCAAUAAAUUAAUUACCAGUGGUGUUC